UUCUACAGUAAUUACAGACAAUUCGGCCCUUACUUCACUUUUUCGAAGGAAGGAUCUUCAAGGCCUACUUGCGCGUUAUCAAAUGAUUUUACAAGCUUUUGACGUUAAUAUUAUUUAUCGACCUGGAAAAUUUAAUAAAGUUGGAGACCAUCUGUCACGCUAUCCCCCUGAGGAAGAAAUACUUAUUAAAGCUAUUGAAUCAAAGGAGAAAAUCUCUCGUGAAAAAUUAGUUGAAGCACAAAAUCAGGACCAGGAAAUUCAUACUCUAUUGCAAAAGGGAGAUGAAAAUAUUCAAAAAAUUGAUGGAAUAAUAUGCAAAAAAAUAAAUAAUGACUGGAAAUUUUUAAUUCCACAAAUUCUACAAAAUAAAAUUAUUAAAGAAUAUCAUGAGGAUUCUCUUCAAGGAGCACAUUUAGGACUUAAAAGAACAUUGGAAAAAUUAAAGAGAACAAUGAGUUGGAAGGGAAUGGCAAAAGAUGUGAUGGAUAAAAUACGUAUUUGUGAAGUUUGUCAACGGAGAAAAAUCGUUGGUAAACACCUUAGCCGAGAGGAAAUUUGUCCAAUAGAGCCGGCUUCUCGUCCAUUUGAGAGAAUACAUAUUGAUCUAUUAGGACCAAUACAAAAAUCAAUAUAUGGACAUAAAUACAUUUUUGUUGGAGUUGAUUCCUUCAGUAAAUGGGCAAUAGCGUUACCAAUAAGAAAUCAAACUGAAAGCACUAUAAGUGAUAUUUUUAUGAAGGAAAUUAUAUGCCGAUUCGGAAUACCCUCUAAAAUUGUUACAGAUCAAGGGACACAAUUUAUGUCCGCAACUUUUCAGGAUUUAGCUAAUACCUUAAAGUUCCGUCAUCAACCUACUACUGCCUAUCAUCAGUCUGCAAAUGGCAUGGUUGAACGCUUUAAUCGAACAUUGACGGAUAUGAUUGCUACAUGUACCGAUCAAGGGAAAAACUGGGUUGAAACUCUACCCCACGUUAUCUUUGCCUAUAAUACAUCAUAUAAUGAACAAAUUCGUAAUACCCCAUUUUUCGUAAUUCAUGGAUUUUUACCAAAAUUACCAACUGAGGCUGCCCUUGAGGUAGAAAGAGAGAAAUUUGAUGAUAUGAAUUCGUAUGUAAAGAAUUUGGUUGAAAAUCUUAGAAGGAUUCGAAAUGAUGUGGAAAUACGAUUAAAGGAAAAUACGGGAAUAAUUAAAGAGCAACAAAUAAAAAUCAAUAAAAAGACCUGGAAGAAAGGAGAAAAAGUUUUAAUUCGCAAAAUGGAAAAUAUUAAAAAAUUUGGGGAAAAAUAUGAAAGACCCUUUGAGAUAGUCGAAGUACAAACCCCGAAUUUGCUUAUUUCUGAUUCGGGCUCUGUUCAAAAUUCAUGGCUCGUCCAUAUGGACCGAUGCAAAAUUUUAAUUCGGAAAUGGAAGAAAAUACUGAAAGUAAAAGUAAAAUAUUUGGGGACCAAAACAUUGAGAGUUCGGAAGUGGAAAGCGAGACUGAAGAAGAUCGGAUACAUAUUAACGCUAUUACUAACAAUUUGGAUUUUUUAAAC